GAGUCUGAACUACCGUCCCUAAGUCUCGUAGAAAGCGGUUCUGUCCUUACGAUCUCGCGAUAGCUUUUCAGUGGCGGCUGUGUGGCCCCCUGUCUCAGUCCGGACGGAGUUGUUUCUGACGUUUGAAUGAAAACCAGUGCAAAUUACCUCCACUUUGGACCCAGGAAAUAAUGGCUUCAGCCUUGGAGCAGUUUGUGAACAAUGUGCGGCAGCUCUCCGCUCAAGGCCAGAUGACUCAGCUGUGUGAAUUGAUCAACAAAAGUGGGGAGCUGCUGGCCAAAAAUCUGUCCCACCUGGACACGGUGCUGGGGGCCUUGGACAUCCAGGAGCACUCCUUAGGCGUGCUAGCUGUACUAUUCGUGAAGUUCUCCAUGCCAAACAUCCCAGACUUUGAGACGCUCUUCUCCCAAGUCCAGCUCUUCAUCAGCACCUGCAAUGGGGAGCACAUUAGAUAUGCAACAGACACUUUUGCUGGUCUCUGCCACCAGUUGACAAACGCCCUUGUAGAACGGAAACAGCCAUUGAGGGGUGUCGUCGUCCUAAAACAGGCAAUAGAUAAAAUGCAGAUGAACACAAACCAACUUACCUCAGUUCAUGCAGACCUGUGUCAGCUGUGCUUGUUAGCGAAGUGCUUCAAGCCCGCCCUGCCCUUUUUGGAGCUGGACAUGAUGGACAUCUGCAAGGAGAAUGGAGCCUACGACGCAAAGCACUUUUUAUGUUACUACUACUAUGGUGGCAUGAUUUACACGGGCCUGAAAAACUUUGAAAGAGCACUGUAUUUUUAUGAACAGGCAAUAACCACUCCAGCCAUGGCAGUGAGCCACAUCAUGUUGGAAGCCUAUAAGAAAUACAUCCUGGUGUCCCUCAUUCUCCACGGCAAAGUGCAGCAGCUGCCCAAAUACACCUCACAGAUAGUAGGAAGGUUCAUCAAGCCCCUGAGCAACGCAUAUCACGAGUUAGCUCAGGUUUACACCACCAACAACCCGGCCGAGCUGCGCAGCCUGGUCAGCAAACACAGCGAGACCUUCACACGAGACAACAACACAGGCCUGGUCAAACAGUGCCUCUCGUCCCUCUACAAGAAGAACAUCCAGAGGCUAACAAAGACCUUUCUGACGUUGUCUUUGCAAGAUAUGGCGAGUCGAGUGCAGCUUUCAGGUCCCCAGGAAGCAGAGAAAUACGUCUUACACAUGAUUGAAGAUGGUGAGAUCUAUGCUAGCAUUAACCAAAAGGAUGGUAUGGUCUGCUUCCACGACAACCCAGAAAAAUACAACAACCCAGCAAUGCUCCACAAAAUUGACCAAGAGAUGUUGAAAUGUAUAGAGCUGGAUGAGAAACUAAAGUCUAUGGAUCAGGAAAUCACAGUAAACCCACAAUUUGUGCAGAAGAGUAUGGGAUCGCAGGAGGAUGAUGUUGGUAGCAAAACAUCAAGUUAUUCCUGAGGGGCCUUGGACUGGGAGAAAACACUGCAGCCAACCAACACGUUCUUCCCAGGAUGAGUUGGAUUUUUUUUAAAGAGGAAAACAAACGUUCUGUUGCAUAAGGACAUUGGUCAAGGAAAAUCUAAUUGUGUGGAAUGAUGAUAAAUUUGGUUAUUCUUACUUCACGGUGUCUUAAGGAUAACAAAAGAUCCUUAUAGAAAAAGGAAAAAAAAAAAUUACAGUUUUGUCAGUGUUUUAUUUAUCAAUGUUCAGGUUGGAGCACCACUGCUACAUUGACAGAAACCACCACAAUAAAAACUGGACUUAUUUGUUCCAAACAUAUGUGUGAAUAAUCUCACUGUUUGUUUUGGUUCUACUGCAUGAUGGCCGUAACUGGAGGGCAUUACAAUGUGAGGUGAAACAUCUUUGGUUGACGAGAAAUAAAUCUGAUUAUAUUCUA